CGCCCUGCUGUGUGGGCGGAGCCGGGAAAAGGAAUGUGCCUAAUGUAACACUUCCAUGCACUGAACAGGUACAGACGAGGGUCGCCAUUAAUGUUGGACCAGCAACGAGCGGACCGGGACGCAGGGUGUUGCUGAUGUGGUUUCAGGGCGAUGGACCUGUCAAAGCGCGCGUCGUUGUGGUCGGUGGAAGAGGUGUUGGCGUGGGUGCAGGAUCGGUACCCAGUCCACAUGAGCGCACUCCACAAAGCCAUAAUUAAACACGCUAUAUCAGGCCGUGCAUUGCUGAGAUUAAAGGAUCAUCACCUGGAGCUUCUCGGGGUGGAGGCCGAGGAGCAGCAGCAGGAAAUAUUGCAGGACCUUCUUCUCCUCCGAGUUCAUGAGGAAAUCAGUGAACUCAGUGACAUCUGCUCUGAGUGUUUUUCUCAGUAACAGGAAAUAAAUAUCCUCGGAUGAAAAGCGACAUUGCUUUUUUUGCUUUUCCAUCCAUUCAUUUGUCCAUGUGGAGGACGGAAAAAAGUGGGAGUGAUGGAAAUAACAGGAGAAGGUGAAGAGAAAGAAGAAUCAAUGAAGAAUGAAGAGAGAAGGAAAGUCAUUUCCUGUGUGAAAUCUGACCUGUGCAGAUGGAUGAGAUUAGUUUUUGUCCGAGUGUCUUUUUCUGACACUGGCUGUCCAUUAGUCUCUGUCUUUCUUCUCUCUCUAGAGUGGGUUUACAUCCCAUCACUGUAUUAGGACAUAUUUUUAGUCAUGUUAGCCGUGUGGCUUUGAGGAAGGCAGCGUCUGACGGUCCACCAUUUUGUUCAAGACUGAAAUAUCUCAACAGCUACUGGAUGAAUUAUAGUUGAAUUUUGUAUGUACAAAUAUUCCUGAUCUGAGCAGCUGACUUUGGUUAUCCACUGACUUUUCCUCUAUCUGUGGUUUUGAGUCUGGUGUGUCCUUGUUAACUUUUCUCCAGCACCAUCAUCCAAUCAAAAAUGUGAUUUGUCUAAACGCUAAUGACACGUCCAGCUGCACUUCAUGUUGUUUGGUAGAGCUAAUUAGCAAGCGUUAGCAUGCUAACAUGUUAAAAUAAGAUGGUGAACACUGCUCAACUUUUUCAUUGUGAACAUGCUGCCAUGCUAACAUUAGCAUUUAGCCUAUGGUAGAGUCCAUCAGCAUGUGUUACAGGAUUCUUUUAGACUAAGAGUAACACAUUUCAUUGCAUUGUUGACAGCAGAUGCUGCUUUCUUAACAUUUCUUCACCACGAUAGCACUUGAUUGACCAAUCUCAAAAUAUCAUGCCAAUCGUGUGAUUUGAUGACAUCGACCAAUUAAACCAAGUCAAGCUUUAAUCUCAAACAUCAAUUAAUUUGAAAAUGUGUGAUAAUUGGUUUGCUAAAAUCAAAACGAGGCCUGAGAAUAGAUAUUGAUCCCGUGUGUUUACAGCUGUGCUCUCAACUCUGAACAUUAAACAUUUCUAUGUGUUGGAUUAGAAAGGCCAAACAGUGAGACCUGAUUUUUGCUUUUCUUUCUCACGUACAUGCUGACCGAAAGGGACUUUAAAAUCCGACUGAUUGCUUUGAACUUUCUGCUUCUAUCUGAAAGCAUUUAUGUCUUUGUAUUUUUCACAGAUAAAACACAAACAAGGUAUUUUCUAAAUUGAUUUCUGCUACAGAAAACCCUGCUCAGCUUUUUUUUUUUUGUUACUGUGAUCGAGGCCAAUCUUGGCAGCAGAGUGGAUGAAUUAUAACCUGUGAAUGUCCUUAAUGCAAAUGGUCCUCAAACUUUCAGAUCCCUUUUUUUAAACAAUGCCCUAUUUUGUUUAUUUAUGAUGCUGGCCUCAUUUUAAUAUGUCUUAUAUUCAUUAAUAACAUCGCAUAUUUGUAUAAUGUAAAAGGUCAUGUCUGUUUCUGAACAUUUUUUCACGGCAGAGUUGGUUGAAUUAAAUGUGCUGCUUUGGCAUCACAAAUCCA